AUGGAUGGAGUGCAAGUUCAAGUCCACGGUAACCAUCACCAAGAUCUGCAUGCAGUGGAUCACCACAGCCAGCAUCUCAUCGGCAAAGAAGAGAUGCGAAACGAUUUCGGAGAAGAAGAUGGAGACGCCGCUGAUUUAUGGCUAGAUAAUGACCAAGACUCUCUUCUCGCUGACGUCAACGACGGAACUGCUUCCAUCUUCUGCAAUGACUUCCCUGCUCUGCCUGACUUCCCUUGCAUGUCAUCCUCCUCUUCCUCUUCGUCGACUCGGGCGCCGGUGAAGACCAUGUCGACGUCACCAUCGGCUUCUUCUUCUUCCUCCGCCGCUUCCUGGGCUGUUCUCAAGUCCGAUGCGGAGGAUAAUCAUUCUCAGGAUUAUCAGCAGCAACAAGACCACAACAACAACACUCACUACUCUCAUAACGAUUCUGCUGAUGCACAUCCGGCUGGGGCGUUGUCCUCCACCGCCUCUAUGGAGAUCUCUCAGCCGUCGGAUCUCGGAAUGCAGUGCAUGGACAUGAUGGAGACUUUUGGGUACAUAGAUCUGUUCGAAGGCAACGAGUUCUUCGACCCUUCUUCAAUUUUCCAAAACGAGAACCCAAUAAUGGACCAGUUUCAAGCGCAGGAGCAACCUUCUCAGGCGCAUGCAGAGAAUCAAACCCCACAGCCACAAGAGAACAUGAUCAUGGGAGAUCAGAGCAACAAGAUGCCGGAAGACGACAUGGCGUCUGUGUUCUUGGAGUGGCUGAGGUCUAACCGAGAGACGGUUUCUGCGGAGGAUUUGAGGAGCGUGAAGAUCAAGAAGUCAACAAUCGAGUGCGCCGCCAGGCGUUUGGGUGGAGGCAAAGAGGCGAUGAAGCAGUUACUCAAACUAGUGCUUGAGUGGGUUCAAACUAAUCAUCUCCAAAAGAGGCGCGGUAGUAGUACCAAAGACUCGGGGAUACAACACUAUGCAGUAGACCCAUUUCAAAGCGCCAACCCUAACCCUAACCCUAGUCUUAACCCUACGCAAAAUCCUCCCAUAUCAUCGCCGUGGAUGGCGUCUCCCCAGUAUGAUGCGGCGGCGCCUGUAUUAGUCCCGACUCCGUCAACUCCGAUGAUGGGGUUCAUGGGUCAGGACCCGUUUGGAAACGGGCCAGGUUACCAGCAACCAAAUUCAGAGCAAUACCAGAAUCAAAUGCUGGAGACUGCACCAACCUGGCCACCUUCAUCUCCAUUUAUGGGCAACAAUUAUGGGUCUUUCCAGGAUACUAAUGUCCAACUAGCACCGACGAGUCAGCAUCAACAACAACAGUUUUCCGGUUACGGUGGGCAGUAUGGACAGUAUCAGUAUUUUGGAGGGCAUUCAGGUGAGCCUCAGCUGGUGAGGUUAGCCUCUUCAGCCACUAAAGAGGCUAGGAAGAAGAGGAUGCAAAGGCAGAGAAGGACUUUGUCACACCAUGGAAGGCAUCACGGCCAUCAACAGAAUCAGCAUCCUAAUCAGAUGCUGGAUCAGAGGCUAGUUGGGAAUAUUGAUCCUAAUUGCACUACUGCCGCAAUGGGAAAUCCCUCUGCAGCUAACUGGUUUUAUUGGCCCACAGCGGCUGCUGGUGGUCCUGCUCCUGCUGCCUCCCCCACAAUGGUACAGAAUAUGACUCCCGAGGCAGCACCAUCAGUGCUUCCGGUUGAUCGUCCGGCCAGUCAAGGGCAGAAUUAUAAUCCGGGCCGGAUUAACGUGCAGGAAAGGCGACAGGGAUGGAAACCUGAUCAGAAUAAGAAUUUGAGGUUCCUUCUUCAGAAAGUGUUGAAGCAAAGUGAUGUAGGCAACCUUGGAAGAAUUGUUUUGCCAAAGAAAGAAGCUGAAACCCAUCUGCCUGAACUAGAGGCAAGGGAUGGAAUUUCGAUUGCAAUGGAAGACAUCGGGACUUCUCGUGUAUGGAAUAUGCGCUAUAGGUACUGGCCCAACAACAAAAGCAGGAUGUAUCUCCUUGAAAACACAGGAGAUUUUGUGAGGGCAAAUGGGCUUCAAGAAGGGGAUUUCAUAGUCAUCUAUUCAGACAUCAAGUGUAACAAAUAUAUGAUACGAGGAGUGAAGGUACGGCAAGCUGGGACGAAAUCAGAGACCAAAAGGCCAGGAAAGUCACAAAGGAGCCAACAUGCAAGCACCCCAUCUGGCAACAAUGGCUCUUCAUCUAAGAAACAGUAA